AUGACCAGCGAAGCGACCACCCUCAAGGGCAAGCCCCUCGACCGGGCCGCCCUCGACUCCAUGCUCCGGCGGCGCAUGUUUUACACCCCGUCCUUUGAGAUCUACGGUGGUGUCGCCGGUCUCUACGACUACGGCCCGCCCGGCUGUUCCCUUCAGGCUAAUGUCAUCGACGCCUGGCGCAAGCACUUUGUUCUCGAGGAGGACAUGCUCGAGGUCGACUGCAGUGUCCUCACCCCCCACGAAGUCCUCAAGACUAGUGGCCACGUCGACAAGUUCGCCGAUUGGAUGUGCAAGGACCCCAAGAAUGGCGACAUCAUCCGUGCCGAUCACUUUGUCGAGGAGAUCCUCGAGUCCCGCCUCAAGGGCGACAAGGAGGCUCGUGGCCAGAAGGUUGAGGAGAAGGAGGAGGAUCCCAAGAAGAAGAAGAAGAAGAUCAAGGGCGCCAUCGAGGCCAUCAAGCUCGACGACGCCGUUGUGCAAGAGUACGAGGAGAUCCUCGCCAAGAUCGACAACUACAACGGAACCGAACUCGGCGAGCUCAUCAAGAAGUACGACCUCAAGAACCCGGCUACCGGUGUCCAGCCUUCGCCUCCUGUCGCCUUCAACCUUAUGUUCCAGACUGCCAUCGGCCCCAGUAGCAACCUGCCUGGCUACCUGAGACCCGAGACGGCCCAGGGUCAGUUUCUCAACUUUGCCAAGCUUCUCGAGUUCAACCAGCAGCAGAUGCCUUUCGCCUCCGCGUCCAUUGGCAAGUCCUACAGAAACGAAAUCUCCCCUCGAUCUGGCUUGCUCCGUGUCCGCGAGUUCCUCAUGGCCGAGAUUGAGCAUUUUGUCGAUCCCGAGGGUGGCAAGAAGCACCCCCGCUUCUCCGAGGUCAAGGAUAUCGAGCUUGUUUUGCUAAACCGCGAGACUCAGCUCUCUGGCAAGACCGACAUCCAGAGGGUCGCGAUUGGCAAGGCCGUCGAGGACGGCACUGUCGACAAUGAGACGCUGGGCUACUUCCUGGCCCGCAUCCACCUCUUCUUGAAGAAGAUUGGUGUUGAUCAAUCCAAGAUCCGCUUCAGACAGCACAUGGCCAACGAGAUGGCCCACUACGCUGCUGAUUGCUGGGAUGCUGAGCUUUUCACCUCAUACGGCUGGAUCGAGUGUGUUGGCUGCGCCGACCGCAGCGCUUACGAUCUGAGCGUCCACGCCAAGAAGACUGGCUCGCCACUGAUCGUGCGCCAGAGACUCCCAGAGCCGCUCGUCAUUGAGGAGUGGCAGGUGGACCUGAACAAGAAGAAGUUUGGCCCUCACUUCAAGAAGGACGGCAGGACAGUCGAGGCGGCUGUCGAGGCUACGACCCAGGAGCAGAGGGAGUCGCUCGCCAAGGAGCUCAACGAGAAGGGCAGCAUCAUUCUAGAGGUUGCCGGCGUUGGCGAGGGCAAGGUCGAAAUCCCCAAGGAGCUCAUCGUGAUUGAGAGACGGACGCGGACGGAAAACGUCCGGGAGUUCACUCCGAACGUCAUCGAGCCAUCUUUUGGCAUUGGGAGAAUCCUGUACUCUCUCAUGGAGCACUGCUUCUGGACUCGCGGCAGCGAGGGUGGCGACGAGGCGCGCCUGGUCCUGUCCUUCCCUCCCACAGUUGCCCCUACAAAGGUUCUGAUCGUGCCCCUGUCUUCCAACGACAAAUUCACACCCAUUUGCCAGAAGCUCUCUUUGAAGCUCCGCAAGGCAGGCGUGUCGAGCCGCAUCGAUGACUCGUCCGCGACCAUCGGCAAGCGGUACAGCCGCAACGACGAGCUGGGCACUCCACUCGGCAUCACUAUCGACUUCCAGACCCUGCAGGACAGCACGCUGACACUCAGAGACCGUGACUCGACGAAGCAGGUCCGCGCUGAUGAGGACAAGAUCAUCGCCGCUAUCAAGUCACUUGCCGACGGCGAGAAGGAGUGGAAGGAUAUUGAGGCCGAGCUGCCCGCUUUCGAGGGCCAGGAGAUUGAGGUCGCGUCUCGCUAA